AUGGGAGCCGAGCUUCAUUUAGAGAAAAUCGUCGGCGAUCAGACGGACGAGGUGCUAGAAUUUCUCCAGAAAAAUGCAUUCGCUCAGGCGGCAGCGCAAACGACUGAAAAACCUAAUCCAAAGAGACUGCGGCAAUUCGUGGCGUACGCUUGCGACAAUGAGUUAAAUAUCUGCUACAGGGAUCAGGAUGGCAAAUUGGCAGCGGUUAUCAUCGGCUACGACAUUUCGAAGAAAACGGAGCUGUCGCUGAUUUCCUCCGCGCUCUGCUGGCUCAACUGUUGCCCCUGUCUUCCAAACUUCCAGCGGCCGAUUUCUGCUCUAGAAUUCGUCAAAUCCCUCAUCGGCGACACCAAAAACCUCGAUCAGCAAUUCAACGUCAAAGAAGCGGAAGAAUGCUACGAAAUUGCUACUGUUGUUGUUCGAACCGAUCUGAGACAACAAGGAAUCGGAACUGAAUUCGUAAAAACCGCCCUGGACCGAGCGCGAGAACGAGGAAGAAACCAUGCUACUGCUUUUGCUACAGUCGAGCCUUUGAGAAAGACCUAUCAAAAGCUCGGUUUUGAAACUGCAACAUCGGUAAAUUACGAAGAAGCUUUCGGAGCGGCUCAUUACAACGGAAAACUCGAAUCUGGAGAAUGCCAUUUCAUGGUUUGCCAACUGUAG